UGGAAGAUCAGGCAUGAUACCUUUGUAGUGUCCUGUAAAUAUUCCCCGGAUGGGAAAUACGUGGUCUCGGCCUUGGAUAUAGAUCAUGGAAUCUACAUAAUGGACGCAGAAAACAUCAGCAAUGUGACAUACAUUGAAGGCCAUCACAGAAGGUCGAUCAUGGCAUGCUGCUUUGACCCGGACAGCCAGAGGGUGGCUUCCGUCUCGUUGGACAGGUGCAUCAAGAUCUGGGAUGUCACCUCCCAGGCCACGCUGCUCACCAUCCCCAGGGCGCACGACAGCGGCAUCUCGAACUGCUGUUUUACCUUCAGUGGCCAUUUCCUGUGUACAGCCUCCUGGGAUAAGACCUUGAGAAUAUGGAACAUCUACACGGGGGACUUUCGAAACCGCGGCGCCUGUGUGACCCUGAUGCGGGGCCACGAAGGCUCCGUGAGCUCCUGCUGCUUUGCCAGAGACAGCUCUUUUCUCAUUUCCGGAGGCUUCGACAAGACCGUGGCCAUCUGGGACGUGGCAGAAGGCUACCGGAAGCUGUCCCUGAAGGGCCAUGAUGACUGGGUGAUGGAUGUUGCUGUCAGUAAUGACAAGAAAUGGAUUCUGUCUGCUUCAAAGGAUAGGACCAUGAGACUAUGGGAUAUUGAAGAAAUUGACCAAAUUCCUUUGGUAAUCAAGUACAAAAAGAGCAUGGGUUUAAAGGUGAAACAGUGUGAAGGAUGCGACAGGUCUUUCUCCACCUUCGAAAGCGACAGCUCUUCUGAAAUAUUCACCAAAUGUGUGUUCUGCCGGAGAGAGACCAGGGCCUCGGAGACUGCACUGUCAUCAGAGGGAGAGAGCCAGGAGGACUGACGGCCACUGGGCCCUUGCAGUGACCGGGACUGCAGCCGCCUGGCACGCAGGGUGCGGGACUCCGCAGGGACCCUUCUCCGGGGCCGCUCACCAGCUGAGUGGGUGAUCAGACCUGGGCAGGGACCACCCUGAGGCCCGGCUCCCAUCACCAGCCACCUCCUCAGCGCCACAGCGUCCUUGGGGGGUGAACACUUUUGGUUUUCAGAGUAAAUCUAGAGUCCUUUGGAAAA